AGGCGGCGCUUAAUCAAAAAGCGCCAUGGAGGCAGAUAGCACUGAGCAUUCGGCAUGGGAUUGCAGCUCAGUGCCUUCCCGCGUGGCGCAUUUGCUGUCCUAUUGGAUGAAACAUUUGGAUAGCGGUGGCAAGGCAGAUGAGUGUUUGGUGGCGUUGUGCAGCUUGGUAAAAGUGCCCGCAGUUGCUUGCAUGCUGCCUGCCCCUCUGACGGACGAGACGAAGAAAGCGUUGGAGAAAAUUUCCGAUGCUGGAAUCGAAUUGUUGGCUGCGGCAGAAACCGCCUUGUGGGACAUGCCCCGGAUGCUCUUCGUCUUUCGGCUUCGAGAGGCAGAACUCGCCAGUCCUGUCUCACAGCUGCAGCAUUUGUUGGAGGAAGUGGCUGAAGCGACGGUGCUCUUCAAGCCAUCCGUUGGCCCUUGGCUUUGGCCACUUCAUGAGCCCGAUGUGUCAGCAGCUUUGCUCGUGUGCGACGCUAUGGCGGAUGAUGAGCACUGGGCGAUGCGAAUCAUCCGUGGCUUUCGCAUUCUUCCACCGGUUCAUAUGGCGGAACAACAGAAACAUAUCAGAGAGCAAUACAGUGCCUCCACCACCUACGUCUUCGCCUGGAGCGAGAUCUACGUCCAGGGCAUCUGGGCUCUGCUGAUCGUGGCAAUCCCCGUGUCCUUGGCGCUCAGUUCUCGGCCCUGGGUGCUGGGCUGGGAGAGCUGGCAGUUCUACCUGCUGCAGGUCAUCAUGUUGCUUUGGACCAUGGUCAUGGCUGCCCUUAGCCGCUCACGGCGAGCGUUUGUCAACGACGGCAGCCUGGGAGCGAAAAGCGAAAGACCCACCGACUUGAAGCAUCUGGCCAAAACGAGAAGAGCCAAACUAAAGCAGAUGUUGGCGGUCACCGGAGCCGGCAAUGCAUUUGCGGAGGUGGUGAAUCUGAGGCAAAAUCCAGAUCACUGGCAUCAAGAGCACCCAAAGACAUGGACAGUGCUGAGUAUAUUCGUCACAGUCCUGGCGAGCUCCUUAUGCUUGACCAUGGCUCUAUUUUUUCUGCUGAUUGUGAUGGAGCUGAAGAUGCUCCUGAUCUUCAAUUGGGGGGAGUGCUUCGAGCGGGGCUGUAUUGGUCCCGAAGAAGUCCAUGGCUUCGCGGGCUUCCUUUCCAUGGUGGGCACCGACAUUUUGUUGGCGCUGUUGAUCAAUGUGGCCACAGGGGAGUUGUGCAAAGCCUUCGCCUUUCAAAUCGCCAAGUUCUGGAAUUUCAAGGACAUGCGACAUCGUCUCUUUUGCUUCCACAUGACGGGCGCCCUCAUCGACGGCCUGGCCGCCAUCGGGGUCUUCUCGUUUCUGGCCUUCGCCUUUCUGCCGGAAUGGGAAAAGACCAUCGAGGCCAGCUGGGACGAUGCCUCCAUGUGUCAGCACUUCUUUGACUACCAGAUAUGCCGCGCGAUGGCUGGUUGCAGUGUGACAGAUCAAGUUUGUUGCUCGGGCACCCUCUUUUGCGCGCGUGCGAAAGCACCAGUUACACAGCGUCAGAAUCUCUUCAAUGCCUGGCUUGGUGGUCUCUUUAUGGUGGCACCCUUUGUCGAUGUGCUCAUGCAGUUUGUGGUACCAUUGCUGACCUAUUGGUUCCACUUGAAAGCUGACCGGAUCUUGGAGGAUGACGAGCGAUUGAAGAAGAGGUCCUGCUGCUGCGGAUGCCUCUCAGGACUGGGUCGCCUGUUGGCGUUCAUUUUCGUCCUUGAUGGAGGUGUCAUGGGCCUACCUUACGUGUGGCGAGGCUAUCCCUUCAAAGAUCCAAAGAUUGAAGUGGAAGCUGACGAUGACUAUGGAAGAAAGGCCUUGGGGCCUGUUUGCGCCAAUUGCAAGAAAGACAUGCAUUGGACAAAGUCGCAAGAGCAAUGGGAGUGCCGCCACAGCCAAAAGUGCAACUCCACACACCAUUCCAAAGGGGAGACCAGAUGGCGCUGCAAUACAUGUGAGCAAAGCAUUUGCAGUGACUGUCAUCCCUUAAGCGGUGCGUCGUUGAAUCACCUCUUCGGCCCCCUGGACCAGCGGCUGCUGCGUCCGUUCAAUCCCAUCGACGAACUGAAGAUGCUCAAGAUGAACUUCAUGAUCGUUAUCAUGUUCGCACCAAUCAAUCCAUUGGGUUUGAUCGCCCAGCUCCUUGCCCGCCUUCUGGACAUCCAUUCUCGUCUUUCGAAGCUGCUGAUUGUGCGAAGGCGCGACUCGCCCAUGGACAAUGCCUUGGCUCACAUCAGCCAGCAGGUCUUUGGGCACAUCAUCCUUCCAUUUGCGGCCAUUUGGCAUAUAGGACUGGCCUUGAUCUCGUACAACACCGAUCUUUGGGACUAUGACCACUCGUUGAUCGUGAUCAUUUGGUUCACCGCAGCCGGAGCGAUCACGGCAUUGUUCCUACUCCUCCAAUUCUUGGCCUUCAAGCUGGGCUACUAUGCCUGGGGCAAGCACCAAGCUCGGCGGACCAUGAGUUCAUUGGCGAGUACGGCCUCACUAGGAUCAAGUUUGGAUCCGGGGGAUUUUGCGGAGAAGGAUCUGGAAGAUUUGAAGCAUGAACUGGAGGCAGAUGCCAAUUUGGCGGCUCCGAAAGAGCGAGAUGGCACAGAUCCUGUCACCGAGAUGGAGAUGAUUAGCCAUCCUGGAAAGGUGCCUGAAGUCACAGGAGAGCUGGUACAUCAAGAUCCAGCUGGAAAAGCGUCACAUGAAACAGCGGAGACGCAUGGGAAUCUCAGCACGCCAACCAAUGGUGCUUGGUGCUGUGGCUGCCAGCAGCAAGCCUCAUAAGUGCCAAUGCGUCCGGAGACUGGAGCAUCUGGACCCAAAAGGGCUGGGUCACUAUAGCAGCCAAAUUGGGUCUGUUUGAAAAUGGAGUGUACCUCAGAGAUUGCCAUUUUGACAUAUUUUGACAUAUUUUGACUGGGGAAAUCCGUUGAGUUGUGAAUUGCUGCGCCUGCUUAAAGCUGCCAAAAACUGCUACAUGGAUACACCGCGAACAUGGAAGCUCAAAUCGAGCACCGAUGUUUGUGUGGUCCAUGACUGCCUUAUGACUCCUGCCUGACGCGCUCUUUCAAUCUGUCCUUCUUGUCAGAUGGAAGCUGGAUGAAUGUG